UUUUAUCUAUUUCUCUCAAAAAACUAAUAAGCAAGAUGUCUGCUAAUGAGAAUGCCAAUGCAGCAGCAGCUCGCUUGAACAGAUUCAAGAACAAAGGAAAGGAUACUACAGAAAUGAGAAGGCGGCGUAUUGAAGUCAAUGUAGAGCUGAGGAAAGCUAAGAAAGAUGACCAGAUGCUUAAAAGAAGAAAUGUUAGCACUUUACCAGAUGAUGCUACUUCUCCCCUUCAGGAAAACAGGAGCAAUCAGGUUUCAGCUCACUGGACAGUUGAAGAAAUAGUCAAAGGAGUUAAUAGUAAUAAUACGGAGCUUCAGCUACAGGCUACUCAAGCUGCCAGGAAACUCCUCUCAAGAGAGAAGCAGCCCCCAAUAGACAAUAUAAUUCGGGCUGGUUUGAUUCCAAAGUUUGUCUCCUUCUUGGGUAGAGCAGACUGUAGUCCUAUUCAGUUUGAAUCUGCCUGGGCGCUUACCAACAUUGCUUCUGGCACAUCAGAACAAACAAAGGCCGUAGUAGAUGGAGGGGCUAUUCCAGCCUUUAUUUCACUACUGGCCUCUCCCCAUACUCACAUCAGUGAACAGGCUGUGUGGGCAUUAGGAAAUAUUGCAGGGGAUGGUUCUACCUAUAGAGAUCUGGUUAUUAAAUUUGGUGCAAUAACGCCUCUGCUGAGUCUACUAGCUGUUCCUGAUCUCUCUUCUCUGGCUUCUGGAUAUUUACGCAAUGUUACUUGGACCCUCUCAAACCUGUGUCGUAAUAAGAAUCCUGCGCCACCCAUAGAAGCUAUUGAGCAGAUUCUUCCAACUCUUGUUCGGCUCUUGCAUCAUGAUGAUCAUGAGGUGUUAGCAGACACAUGCUGGGCACUUUCCUAUCUAACAGAUGGUUCCAAUGACAGGAUAGAAGUUGUAGUGAAAACGGGACUGGUGCCACAACUUGUGAAACUCCUGGGAUGUAGUGAACUGCCAAUAAUGACUCCUUCACUAAGAGCCAUAGGAAAUAUUGUUACUGGUACUGAUGAGCAGACGCAGAUUGUUAUUGACUCAGGAGCACUAUCUGUCUUUCCAAGUCUCCUUUCUCAUCAUAAGAGCAACAUUCAGAAAGAAGCAGCAUGGACAAUGUCCAACAUCACUGCUGGACGACAAGACCAGAUUCAGCGAGUUGUAGACCAUGGUCUUGUACCUUAUCUCAUUGGUAUUCUGAGGAAGGGGGAUUUCAAAUCUCAAAAGGAAGCUGUGUGGGCUGUGACUAACUACACAAGCGGUGGAACAACUGAACAGAUUGUGUAUCUCGUUCAGGCUGGUGUUGUUGAGCCUCUGCUGAAUCUCCUCUCAGCUAAGGACAGUAAAACUGUGCUAGUUAUUCUGGAUGCUAUUUCUAAUAUCUUCUUGACUGCUGAGAAGAUUAAUGAGACUGAAAAACUUUGCCUCCUGAUUGAGGAGUGUGGAGGUCUAGACAAAAUUGAAGCUCUUCAGUCACAUGAAAAUGAACAAGUGUACAAAGCCUCAUCCACCCUGAUAGAGAAAUAUUUCUCAGCAGAAGAGGAGGAAGACCAAAAUGUUGUACCAGAAUCUACUGCUGCCAGCUACACUUUCCAAAUUCAGGGCAAUACUCCAGAUACUUUCAACUUCUAG